GUUGCUAGUCACAGGAGCCACAAUGGCGUUUGUAGUCUCCUGCUGCUAGGGCUGUGGAUGUUAUUAAAUCCAUUAGCAUCGCCCUAAAUACAGGCCUGGUUGAUUUCCAGAGCCAUUGAUAGUAAACUGGAACAUCUACUACACACGAAAAAACUAUGAUUUCGUAUAAAUAUUGAAUUUAGAAAGGGAUAAAGCUUACAUUAAAGGGAAUAUGUAAACAGCACCAACCGGGUCAAGUUUUCAUUUUGUUCGAGAGGCGAGCGUCUUUUUAAGUGAAGGCAUUUGCUCGCUUGUGAACGCUAAAACCUUAAUUCUGUGGAAUAAAAUCACCUUUUCCAUAACUUGGCACCGGACAAGGACAGCUUUGACAAAGGGGACUUUUUCUUUUUCCACGGCUCAACUCGCUAGCUUGACCAGCGUUAGCUAGCGGUGCUAGCUAAGUUGAGACGGCGAGACGACAACGGCACAAUGCUCCAACAUUUGGAACACUUGAGUAUUUGUACUUGAAUCGGCGGUUAAUGAGUUGCUUGGACCGCCAAGGCCCAGCCGCUGGUGAGGUGGUACCGACGCCGGCUUGAGGGAUGCCUGGGUCGGACCGACACCAUGGGACCAAGAGGAAGCCGGAGUCAAGCAUCGGCGCCUUGGCCCACGCCGCCCUCCACACAGCUGCGGGAGACAUGACCAGCAAAGACGGCAAGUUGCACUUCAAAUCUUUAAUGGCCUCUUCCAAGCGUAAACGACAUAAAUCGGCCAAAGUUCGGGAAUCGCCCGCGGCACAACCGAUGAAUCCCGAAUAUAUAUCCCUGGGCCGCACAGCGCCUCCUAGCGUCCACUUGGUGAAGCCUCUGGUAGAGUAUGACGAUAUCAGCUCGGACUCUGAUACCUUCUCUGAUCCACCGACCGCCAGACUGCCCGACAGAGUGGUGGUGAUGGAGCGACUCGAGCCCUUGCCCGACGGCAUCGGGGAAGAGCCCAGCCGCGAGAGCAAGGGCCAUAGACACUCUCGGAAAAAGUCCAAGGACCCCAACAAAGUUCGAGACCCCGGGAACGGGGAACGUGGCAACAAGAAGAAGAGCAGCAAGGACCGCGACAAAAGCGCCUCUGGUGUCAGCAAGGAGAAAUUGGCGUCCUCCGGACCGUCCAAGCGCCACAUCCAGCAGGAGGUUGACUUAAAAAGAGUAGAUUCCAUGUUCUCCCCGAUGCACCCCACGGUUAGCGUAGGUAGCGCCACGUCCUCGACGUCUUCAUCCCGCAGCAAGGAGAGCGGCCGCUCGGGCAAGUCCCGCAAAGACAAGCAACAAAGGCGGGAUGCCCGGAUAGAAGGCGCCCACGGUGACUCCCAAAGAGUCCGUGGAGACCGGAGCCACCGCAAGUCCUCAAAGAGCAACAAGUCCAGCCCCAAAGGCAAGUCGAGUCGAGGUAGCCCUCGCAGGAAAGCCCCCAGCGCCGCCCUGUCGCCCAGUCCCAGGAGGGGAGAGAGUCCGCUGGGCAGCCAAAUGACAGACGAUGGCUACUCCAGGCGCAAGGCAUCCCAGCAAUCCUUGAGUCCCUACGGGGACAUUAGCCGGCGCAGCCGGCAGAGGUCGGACAGCCCUUACGGCAGCAGGCACAGGUCGUCCAGCUUCGAGCGGGACAGCAGUCCCUACUCCAGGAGGCGUUCCAUCAGCCCUUACACUGCUCGACGCUCAUCCAGCACCAGCCCCAGUCCUGUGUCUCGACGCUCUGGCCGCUCCAGGAGUCGAUCCCCACUGCUCUACCCGUCGUCCUCUCGUCGCUCUUCGUCCCGUUCCCGUGGCAAGCGGCACGGCCCCUCGGCCGGGGCGUCAGGUGUCUGCUCCUACAGCAGCCGGCCCGCGAGCCGCUCACCUCCUGCCACUCGCCUGCCGCUCAACUCCAGCCUUGGCGCCGAGCUCAGCCGCAGGAAGAAGGAACGACAGGCUGCCGAGGCGGCUGCUCGCGCCUGUGGUAGCGGCGCCGCCUCCCCCGCCGUACAGAAACCCGCAGCCCCCUCUUCGUCAUCCUUGUCUUCCUCUUCUUCACGGCCUAAAGUGGAGGAGCCGCAACAAGAAAAAGACUCGAGAGAAACAGAAUCUCAGCCUCCACCCUCUGUGCAGUCACCCCAGGAAACACCCACCCUGGAAGAACCAGUUGCUGACCCCUUACGCUCCGCCCCUACCACCUUCUCACCCGCUGCUCCCCCUGAACCAUCACCCCCUGAGCCCCCCGGACCAACCUCCUCAGCUCCACCUCCGCCGCCACCACCCCAGCAGGCCAUCCCCAACGUUCUGGCUCCCGUGCCCUCGGCCGUGGCCAAAUCACCCGCUCCUGUCCCUGCACGGAGUCCUGCCCGACAGACGCCUCUCCACAAGACAUCCACUCUGCCUCCUCUGCCUUUGCCCCCCAUGUUGCUGGGGAACUCUCAGGACAGCCCAAAGAGGUCCACUUAUCCUCAGCGAGGGUCCCGGAGGGAGAAGGAAACCCGGAGCCGGCCGUCAAUCAUCGACCUCCCGCUACCGCCCACCCUGCCUGGGGGUGACACCUCGCCCCUCCAGUUGGCCGCCCAUCAGGGAUUGUCGCUCCCCCUACCGGCCCUUAAAAAGAGACCAAAGAUUUGUUGCCCUCGCUACGGUGAGCGUAAACACACCAAGAGCGACUGGGGCAAACGAUGCGUCGAUAAGUUUGACAUCAUCGGCAUCAUUGGAGAGGGCACCUACGGCCAAGUGUACAAGGCGAAGGACAAAGACACGGGUGAGCUGGUAGCCCUGAAGAAAGUACGCUUAGACAAUGAGAAGGAGGGCUUCCCCAUCACGGCCAUCAGGGAGAUCAAGAUCCUGCGGCAGCUCAAACACUGCAGUGUCGUCAAUAUGAAGGAGAUUGUCACCGACAAGCAGGAUGCACUUGACUUUAAAAAGGACAAAGGAGCGUUCUACCUGGUCUUUGAGUACAUGGACCACGACCUCAUGGGCCUGCUGGAGUCGGGCCUGGUCCAGUUCUCGCACGAGCACAUCCGGAGCUUCAUGCGCCAGCUGAUGGAAGGCCUGGACUACUGCCACAAGAACAAUUUCCUGCAUCGUGACAUCAAGUGCUCUAACAUACUGCUCAACAACAGAGGUCAGAUUAAACUGGCUGAUUUUGGCUUGGCUCGCCUUUAUAAUUCAGAAGAGAGUCGGCCAUACACGAACAAAGUCAUCACGCUGUGGUAUCGCCCCCCUGAGCUGCUGCUGGGCGAGGAGAGGUACUCUCCAGCAAUCGACGUGUGGAGCUGUGGGUGCAUUCUGGGAGAGUUGUUCACGAAGAAGCCCAUUUUUCAAGCAAAUCAGGAGCUCCUGCAGCUGGAGCUUAUCAGUCGCCUGUGUGGCUCCCCUUGCCCUGCAGUCUGGCCUGACGUUAUCAAGCUGCCCCUCUUCAACACCAUGAAACCCAAGAAGCAGUACCGGCGACGACUGCGGGAGGAGUUUGCCUUCUUGCCAACCCCCGCCCUGGACCUGCUGGACCGAAUGCUGACCCUGGACCCUUUGCGGCGCUGUACGUCGGAGGGGGCGCUCAACAGUGACUUCCUGUGCGACGUGGAUCCGAACAACAUGCCGCCACCGGAUCUUCCUCAUCAUCAAGACUGCCACGAACUGUGGAGCAAGAAGCGGCGGCGUGCGCGUCAGAGCGGGCAGCCCGAGGACGUCCCUAAAGCCCCCCGGAAGGAGAUAUCAGGCUCUUUGAGUGGGGAGAACAGUCGUCCGCAAACAAGCCCAGCUGGAGCAUUGCCACCCCCGCCGCCGCUGCCUCCUCCUCCUCCGCCGGUAAAGCCACCCUCGGCCACAGUCCCGGACAAUGAUCUGUCAGCGUUGGGAGCGGCCGCCGAGCAGCUGAACCAGACAGAGAUGGCCCUGCUGCUCAACCUCCUCCAAGGCCAGACGGACGUCUCCAUUCCGCAGGUCUCCCAGCUCCUCAACCUGUCCAACGCAGAGACGCUCAGCCAGUCGCUUUCGGCGCUCAGUGAGGCCUCUGACCACCACCAACAGGGUGGGGCGCCGGCCGCCGAACCGCCAGAGCUGUCACCCGCCUCCGGGGACGCGGCGCCCCUUCCGGAGGAGCAGGCCAACCUGCUGGCACUCAUCUUGGGCCACAUCAUGAAGCCGCAGGGCGAGGAGCAGGCCGACGAGAGCAGCAACGGUGUCCAGUCGGGGGAGGCCCUAACGCGCGCUUCGUCCGCCUCCACUACUGAGCGCAAGGAUGUACCCAAAAGGAAGCCCUUCAACACUUGCCCCGCUCCACCACCCGGUGACCAGCGUCCACCCUCUCCUCCAGGGCUGCCUCCCGCCGGCGGCACCCCUUGCCUGAGCCAGGACAUCAGCACAUCCGCAGUGGCGGCCGCUCUCCUCCAGCUCAUCUCGGACGCCGGGGCCUCUUCGGAUGGAGAGGAGCCAUCGCCCGACACGGCGGGCCCAGUCAAGUGUCCGCCUCCCACAGUGGAGGCGACAACAGCUCUUGAAGGUGAUUCCUCGAACACAGUAAAGUUCCCCAAGGAUCAGGACCUCCGGUUUUCCCACGGAACGACCCGCUGAGCCCCUACUUAAGCUAACCUGGGCCUCGAAGCCCCGCCCCAUAAUUCACACCUGAACGAGGAGCCACAGGAAGUAAAUGUAGUAAAUCAUCUGGGAAAAGGGACUGGUGAGAUUGUAAUGUGAUGAAAGUGUUUUGGUUCUACUUGGGUCUUUGAUUUAUUAAAAGAAAUGAUUGUCACACCGGCCUUCAAGGAGGUUCUGUGUUUGUUCGCCACUGGAAGUAAGGAAAAGUUUCACGGUGAACAUGCUUUGCUUCUGCCUGAAUGCUGGACCGUGUUAAGUGCAAGACUGGAUUUUGUUUGUUUUUUGUUGGGGUUUUUUUCUCUCUCGAAUGCUGCUCCAUACUUGCCAUCAACUACAAAAAAAACGGCAGCAGUAAACUCGGUGUUGUGACAAGCCUUAUUAAUUUAGCCCAUUGCGCCCAUCUACUCUUUAAAACAUGAAAUCGGUCGCUCAGCAACAUGCAUUUCUGCUUGGUGAAAUAUGAAGUUUAGUCGCACAAAACAGACCUUAAAUGCUUUUCCUGGAGGGCAUCCAAAGCCACUCUUUGCCUCACUGUAUGUGUGUGUGUGUGUGUAUAUAUGCAAAGAUUCUUUUUCUCUUUUUUUGGGGGUGCAAUUAUUUUCUUAAUAAAGAAAAUAAUACACUUGGAAGAAAAUCAUUCUAAUGAUGGUCCAUCGUUCUCUUCAAACGAGUAUGUUUCAUGUGUCAAAGAGGAAAACAAAUAUUUUGUAAUAUAUGUUUUGUUUGAGUUUAUUAAAGGAAGUUA